GAUCUUAGAAACUUUCGAAUUAAAACCGCUUUUCAAGCAACCGUACAGCAUGUCAUUUUACCAAACAAAAAAUGGACAAAACCUAAAGAAUAUUUUUCACCUCAAAUAGAUGAAGCCGUAAAAGAAGAAGAACGUGAAGCUUUUGAUGCAAUUAAAAAUAAAGAGGUGAAAGAAGUGAAAGAAGUAAAAGAGAUAAAAAAGGUGAAAGAGGUGAAAAGAGGAUAUUUUUGGUAG